AUGGGCCAAGGGGACGAGAGCGAGCGCAUCGUGAUCAACGUGGGCGGCACGCGCCACCAGACGUACCGCUCGACGCUGCGCACGCUGCCCGGCACGCGGCUCGCCUGGCUGGCGGAGCCCGACGCCCACAGCCAUUUCGACUAUGACCCGCGCGCAGACGAGUUCUUUUUCGAUCGCCACCCAGGCGUCUUCGCGCACAUCCUGAACUACUACCGCACUGGCAAGCUGCACUGCCCAGCCGACGUGUGCGGGCCACUCUAUGAGGAGGAGCUGGCCUUCUGGGGCAUCGACGAGACCGACGUGGAACCUUGCUGCUGGAUGACUUAUCGCCAGCAUCGCGACGCAGAAGAGGCGCUUGAUAGCUUUGGCGGCGCACCCCUUGACAACAGCGCCGACGACGCGGACGCCGACGGCCCCGGAGACUCAGGCGACGGUGAGGACGAGCUGGAAAUGACCAAGCGCCUGGCGCUCAGCGACUCCCCAGAUGGCCGGCCCGGCGGCUUCUGGCGCCGCUGGCAGCCGCGCAUCUGGGCGCUCUUCGAGGACCCCUACUCAUCCCGCUACGCGCGGUAUGUGGCCUUUGCCUCCCUCUUCUUCAUCCUGGUCUCCAUCACCACCUUCUGCCUGGAGACCCACGAGCGCUUCAAUCCCAUCGUGAACAAGACAGAGAUCGAGACUGUUCGGAAUGGCACGCAAGUGCGCUACUACCGGGAGGCGGAGACGGAGGCCUUCCUCACCUACAUUGAGGGCGUCUGUGUUGUCUGGUUUACCUUCGAGUUCCUCAUGCGUGUGGUCUUCUGCCCUAACAAGGUGGAGUUCAUCAAGAACUCGCUCAACAUCAUUGACUUUGUGGCCAUCCUCCCCUUCUACUUGGAGGUGGGCCUGAGUGGCCUGUCCUCUAAGGCUGCCAAGGAUGUCCUGGGCUUCCUGCGUGUCGUCCGCUUUGUGCGUAUCCUGCGCAUCUUCAAGCUGACCCGCCACUUUGUGGGCCUGCGGGUUCUGGGCCACACUCUCCGCGCCAGCACCAAUGAGUUCUUGCUGCUUAUCAUCUUCCUGGCCCUGGGCGUCCUGAUCUUCGCCACCAUGAUCUACUAUGCCGAGAGGAUAGGGGCACAGCCCAAUGACCCCAGCGCCAGUGAGCACACCCACUUUAAGAACAUCCCCAUUGGCUUCUGGUGGGCCGUGGUCACCAUGACGACGCUGGGCUAUGGAGACAUGUACCCGCAGACGUGGUCCGGCAUGUUGGUGGGAGCGUUGUGUGCGCUGGCAGGCGUGCUGACCAUCGCCAUGCCCGUGCCUGUCAUCGUGAACAAUUUUGGGAUGUAUUACUCCUUAGCCAUGGCUAAGCAGAAACUACCAAAGAAAAAAAAGAAGCAUAUUCCACGGCCACCGCAGCUGGGAUCUCCCAAUUAUUGUAAAUCUGUCGUAAACUCUCCACACCACAGUACUCAGAGUGACACAUGCCCGCUGGCCCAGGAAGAAAUUUUAGAAAUUAACAGAGCAGAUUCCAAACUGAAUGGGGAGGUGGCGAAGGCCGCGCUGGCGAACGAAGACUGCCCCCACAUAGACCAGGCCCUCACUCCUGAUGAGGGCCUGCCCUUUACUCGCUCGGGCACCCGCGAGAGAUACGGACCCUGCUUCCUCUUAUCAACCGGGGAGUACGCGUGCCCACCUGGUGGAGGAAUGAGAAAGGAUCUUUGCAAAGAAAGCCCUGUCAUUGCUAAGUAUAUGCCGACAGAGGCUGUGAGAGUGACUUGACCAGGCGGCUUGGCCGAGGACACUGGUGGCUAUUAAGCAUCUGGGUGGACCAGCAGCCCCUCCUCACCCUCGGACAGAGUAAAUUCACGCCAUGCAGGUUUGCCGGACGAGUCCGAGUGGCCCAGGUCUUGUACUAGGACGGACGUAGCUUUUUCUACGGCCAAAUGGUAACUGACCGUAGAGGAUUUCUUUUCCUUCUUUCUUCUUUUUUUUUUUUUUUUAAUUUUAUUUUAUUUGGGGAGGGUGGUGGAGGGGUUCCUUAGCAUGACUUGCAUGAAGUUAAACAGAAAACCCAGCAAACCAAACCCACCAACCCCCCUGCAACUGUAAUGAUCACCCUAAACAACAACAACGACGAGAAAAAGGAAAAAGUCCUCUAUUUUCUUUCAAAGCUCUUUACUUUUAUUACACACGUUGUUGGAGCCAGACUGUAACGGCGUUCGGUAGCAACCUGUACAUUUCUGGGGGUGGGAGGAGGGGUGGGGAUGGGGAAUGGAUGGCUUCCCUUUUUGUACACAAGAUCGAGAGUCAAGGUUCCAAAAAGGGCAGUCGGUCAGUCAUCGGUCAUAUUGACCUCACCUUCAUAGUUCAUUUCUCACGUGGAAACUGAGAACUUUGCUCCAAAUAGAAUUGUGGAAACACGCACUGCUGCUUUCUUCCCUCUCUGUCUGGCAUGCUUGUGACCCAGCGGACGUCUCCCCAAGACCCUUGACAGCGGCUAGUCUAGGUUGAUUCAAUCAUCUUCUCGGUGUGUAGAUCCAGUGUGACCAGCUUUCAUUACAAAUUGUUCAUAGUAAAUAAUCAACACCGUACGGAUUUUCCAAGUGUUACUUUAGAGCACCAAAAGAUCAGGACCACAGGAGGGGUGGCCCUCCUCCACCUUUAUUAAGGCACAACCUGGCAUUGUAUGCAAUUUAGUACUUCAGAGUAAAAAACUGCAUGCCCAAUGUUAUGCAAAGCGAUUCUAGCAUGAAAUAAAUUUUGUAUCAUGGUUUCUGUAUAGUCUAAAGCAGAUUUGUUUUCCUGAAGCAAUUGGAGGUUUGCAGAGACCCACUUCUGCAUCUUGAAUAAAUAUAGUAUUUUCCCAACAGAAACAGAGGACAGUAGCUUGGCUUUGGUCUGAUUCUAAAAUUAGUGGUGGGGUGGGGGGUGGGGAAGGAUGAUAUUUUUGAAAAACACAUGCUUGAGUUGAAAAAAAAAAUGCAACAUCUCGAGCCUUCACUGCAGCUCGAAACAUUUCCUGGAAAGAGAGCAAUGCUGCUUUAGCUCAACACCCUCCCCUCCUUGGGCUCUGGCCCUCAAUAAUAAAAAGCUGACUUUUGAGAUGAA